UAUAUAAACCACAUCUUUGACUACAAUGGACAUUACAACUGUUGUUUGCAUCUUACCCUCAAGAUGAAAGCAAUAGUAGUUUUUGCCAUAGCGCUGGCGUUAGUACCAGGAUUGCAUUCACGAUCAGUGGUACAGCUACCAGCCCCCAUCGCCCCUGCAAUCAAACCCCUCCCCAUAAUUAUUCCUGAAGAAGCUCAACCCGUUCCCAUCGUACCAGGGGUAAAACCCGUACCAAUCCCAGAAAUCGAGACGCCCGGACUUGAAGUCGAUCCUGUACCGAUUGUUCCAGGAGUAAAACCUGUACCAAUCCCAGAAAUCGAAACACCCGGACUCGAAGUCGAUCCCGUCCCAAUUGUGCCAGGAGUAAAACCUGUACCAAUCCCUGGAAUCGAAACUCCCGGGCUUGAAGUCGAUCCCGUCCCAAUUGUACCUGGAGUGAAACCUGUACCAAUCCCUGGAAUCGAGACCCCUGGACUCGAAGUCGAUCCUGUUCCAAUUGUGCCAGGAGUCAAACCAGUACCACUACCAGAAAUCGAAACCCCCGGACUCGAAGUUGAUCCAGUACCAAUUGUGCCAGGAGUAAAACCUGUACCAAUCCCCGAAAUCGAUGUACCAAUAAUCGAAGUCAAUCCCGUCCCUAUUGUACCCGGUGUUAAACCUGUACCACUCCCUGAAAUCGAAACUCCCGGACUUGAAGUCGACCCUGUACCAAUCGUGCCCGGAGUAAAACCUGUACCACUACCAGAAAUCGAAACACCCGGACUUGAAGUUGAUCCAGUACCAAUCGUGCCAGGAGUCAAACCAGUACCACUACCAGAAAUCGAAACUCCCGGACUUGAAGUCGACCCUGUACCAAUUGUGCCCGGAGUAAAGCCUGUACCACUACCAGAAAUCGAAACACCCGAAAUUGGAGUUGACCCAAUCCCAAUUGUCCCAGGAGUCAAACCAUGGCCAGUACCAGAAAUCGAAACCCCCGAAAUUGGAGUUGACCCAAUCCCAAUCGUACCAGGAGUCAAACCAUGGCCAGUACCAGAAAUCGAAACCCCCGAAAUUGGAGUUGACCCAAUCCCAAUUGUACCAGGAGUCAAACCAUGGCCAGUGCCAGAAAUCGAAACCCCCGAAAUUGGAGUUGACCCAAUCCCAAUUGUGCCAGGAGUCAAACCAUGGCCAGUACCAGAAAUCGAAACCCCCGAAAUUGGAGUUGACCCAAUCCCAAUUGUGCCAGGAGUCAAACCAUGGCCAGUACCAGAAAUCGAAACCCCCGAAAUUGGAGUUGACCCAAUCCCAAUUGUGCCAGGAGUCAAACCAUGGCCAGUACCAGAAAUCGAAACUCCCGAAAUUGGAGUUGACCCAAUCCCAAUUGUGCCAGGAGUCAAACCAUGGCCAGUACCAGAAAUCGAAACACCCGAAAUUGGAGUUGAUCCCGUCCCAAUUGUGCCAGGAGUAAAACCUGUACCACUCCCAGAAAUCGAAACUCCAGAAAUUGGAGUCGAUCCAGUACCAAUUGUGCCCGGAGUAAAACCUGUGCCACUACCAGAAAUCGAAACUCCCGGACUUGAAGUUGACCCAGUACCAGUUGUACCUGGUGUAAAACCUCUUCCACUUCCAAUUGAAAAACCAGAAGUACCAAUCGUCCCAGGUGUCAAACCCGUGCCACUCCCAGAAAUUGAAAGCCCAGGACUCGAAGUUGACCCAGUACCAAUCGUUCCCGGUGUAAAACCCGUACCACUUCCAGAAAUUGAAACCCCAGGACUCGAAGUUGACCCAGUACCAAUCGUUCCAGGCGUAAAACCCGUACCACUUCCAGGAAUUGAAACCCCAGGACUCGAAGUUGACCCAAUCCCAAUUAUCCCAGGUGCCAAACCUUUGCCUGAAGACAUCCAUGAAGUUCCAAUUGUCCCCGGACUGAAACCUCUUCCAAUUGAAAUUAUCCCUGGUGUUGAGACUCCUGAAGUCCCAAUUGUUCCCGGAGUUAAACCCGUACCACUUCCAGAAAUUGAAAGCCCAGGACUCGAAGUUGAUCCAGUACCAAUCGUCCCAGGAGUGAAACCCGUACCACUUCCAGAAAUCGAAACACCCGGACUUGAAGUUGAUCCAGUACCAAUUAUUCCAGGAGUGAAACCCGUACCACUUCCAGAAAUCGAAACACCCGGACUUGAAGUUGACCCCGUUCCAAUCGUCCCAGGAGUAAAACCCGUACCACUUCCAGAACCCGUCCCAAUUGUGCCCGGUGUUAAACCUGUGCCACUGCCAGAAAUCGAAACUCCCGGACUUGAAGUCGAUCCUGUUCCAAUUGUGCCCGGUGUUAAACCCGUACCACUACCAGAAAUCGAAACUCCCGGACUGGAAGUUGAUCCUGUGCCAAUUGUACCAGGAGUAAAGCCUGUGCCACUACCAGAAAUCGAAACACCCGGACUUGAAGUCGAUCCCGUACCAAUUGUGCCCGGUGUUAAACCUGUACCACUACCAGAAAUCGAAACACCCGGUCUUGAGGUCGAUCCCGUCCCAAUUGUGCCCGGUGUUAAACCCGUACCACUACCAGAAAUCGAAACACCCGGAUUGGAAGUUGAUCCUGUGCCAAUUGUACCAGGAGUAAAGCCUGUACCACUACCAGAAAUCGAAACACCCGGUCUUGAAGUCGACCCCGUCCCAAUUGUACCCGGUAUUAAACCUGUACCACUACCAGAAAUCGAAACACCCGGUCUUGAAGUCGAUCCUGUCCCAAUUGUACCUGGUGUCAAACCCCUCCCACUACCAAUCGAAAAACCAGAACUCGAAGUCGACCCAGUGCCGAUUAUCCCAGGUGUUAAACCCAUUCCACUUCCAGAAAUCGAAACACCUUCCUUGGAAGUAGAUCCCAUUCCUAUUAUUCCAGGUGCCAAACCCUUGCCGGAAGAAAUCGAAGAAGUUCCUAUUGUUCCCGGAGUGAAACCUCUCCCCAUUGAAGUAGUUCCAGGUGUACCCGAAGAAGAACCCGUACCUAUCAUCCCCGGAAUUAAACCAAUACCACUUCCCGAAAUCUCAACCCCAGAACUUGAAGUCGACCCUGUACCAAUUGAACCAGGAGUGAAGCCCGUACCAAUCCCCGGAAUAGAAACACCAGAGCUUGAAAUUGAUCCGGUCCCAAUCAUCCCAGGUGUGAAACCCCUUCCUCUACCUAUCGAAACACCAGAAUUUGAAGUAGACCCCGUACCAAUUGAACCAGGAGUAAAACCCGUACCAAUCCCCGGAAUAGAAACCCCAGAGCUUGAAGUUGAUCCCGUUCCAAUCAUCCCAGGUGUGAAACCCCUUCCUCUACCUAUCGAAACACCAGAAUUUGAAGUCGAUCCUGUACCAAUUGAACCAGGAGUGAAACCCGUACCAAUUCCCGGAAUAGAAACACCAGAGCUUGAAGUUGACCCCGUUCCAAUCAUCCCAGGUGUGAAACCCCUUCCUCUCCCUAUCGAAACACCAGAAUUUGAAGUUGACCCCGUACCAAUUGAACCAGGAGUGAAGCCCGUACCAAUACCCGGAAUAGAAACACCAGAGCUUGAAAUUGAUCCCGUUCCAAUCAUUCCAGGGCUCAAACCAUGGCCAAAACCAGAAGUAGAAACUCCAGAACUUGAAGUAGAUCCUGUACCAAUUGUUCCAGGAGUGAAACCAUGGCCAAAACCAGAAAUAGAAACCCCAGAACUUGAAGUAGACCCUGUACCAAUUGUUCCAGGAGUGAAACCAGUACCAACUCCAGAAGAAUGUAGUUAUUUGGCUGAUCUGGUUGCAAAACUUAUUAUCCGAUAAAAUUUACAGUGUGAUUAUGUUGUAGUUUUCAUCGAUUAGCAUAUAAAUAAAAACUUUGCAUUCCAAA